AUGACCGCCGCGCCCGAGCAGGCGCACGCGGUCAUCAUCGAUGGCGUGGCCGCGCGCAUCAACGCCGAGAUCAUCACGCUCUAUGACGUGCGCAUCGCUGCCACGCCAUUCAUGCUCCAGCGCGGCAUGGACCCGAGCCUGCUCCAGGACCCGACGCGACGCUCCAAGAUCUAUCGUCAGGUGCUCGAUGAUCUGAUCGAGCGCAAGCUGCUCCUGCAAGAGGCGGCAAAGCUCGGGCUCUCGAUCACGGACGAAGAGGUCGAGCAAUGGAUCGCCUUCACGCGUCAGCAGCAAGGCUUGAGCGAGGAGCAGUUCAAGGCGACGAUCGAACAGUACGGGAUGAACUACACGGAUUACCGCGCGAUGAUGCGGCAGAACUUGCUGCGUCUGCGCGUCACCCAGUUCAAGGUCGGCGCCAAGGUCUCGAUCUCUGACGCCGAGGUCGAGGCGCGCUAUCGCGAGCGGUACGGAGAGCUCAGCCUGACGGAGCGCUACAUCACGGUCAGUCACGUGCUCAUCAUCCCCUCCGAAGACACCCCUCAAGGUCGUGAGGCAGCCUUCCAGCGCGCCAAGGUCGUGCGCGAGAGGAUCCUCGCUGGCGAGAAGUUCGAGGAUGUCGCGCGCCAGGAGAGUGAUGGCCCGAGCGCGAAGACGGGCGGAAAGAUCGGGACCUACCGACGCGGCGAGUUGGACGCGGACUUCGAGAACGCCGCCUUCACGCUCGAGGAGAACCGCCUCUCCGAGAUCGUGCGCACGAAGUAUGGCUACCACGUGAUCCUCGUGAGCAAGAUCGAGGAGCGCGAGAACCCGGACAUCGAAGAGCGCAAGGAUGAGAUCCGCGGCGAGCUUCGACAGAUCGCCACCGAGCGCCAGCUCCAGUCCUAUAUGCAGGGCUUGCGCGACCGCGCCUUUGUCGAGCUCGUCUACCUCAUACGCGCGAGGGACCUGCCCCCGACAUCAUCCAGGGCGCGAGGAGAUCGCUUGAAUCAACACGACUCACAAGCAAACAAGCCGCUCAGUCAGCUGACCGAGACGGAGGUUGUCGAGAAGUACACCGACUACGUCGAGAGGCUCGCGACCAACCUGUUGCGCAAGCUCAAGCUGCGCGUCGAGCGUGAGGACAUCAUCGCCUACGGGAUGGAGGGGUUGCUCGACGCAUGGCGUCGCUUCGACCCGAACAACAAGACCGCCUUCACGAGCUUUGCCUAUUACCGCAUCCGCGGCGCGAUGUUCGACGGUUGCCGCAAGGAAGGCUGGGCAUCACGUGAUCGACGCACCAAGAUCGCCGACUACGCCGCGGUCAACGAGCACCUCGAAUCCACGCACGCGGCGAACGCCAAUGCGCCCGCCGCCAGGACGCUCGGCGAGAGCAUCUCGCGCGUGAGUGAUAAGGUCGGCGAUGUGUUGACCAUCAUGAUGGUCUCUCAGGCGGACAUGGAAGAUAUCCUCGGCGAGGUGGAGCCUCCGCAGGACACCAAGCUCGAGAAGAAGGCGCGCAACGAGAAGCUCGAGGCGGCGAUCAAGAUCCUGGACGAGAACGAACAGAUCCUGGUCAAGCGCCACCACUACUACGACGAGCCGCUGACCGUGAUCGCGAAGGACCUCGGGCUAUCGCUGUCGUGGUGCUCGCGGAUGCACGCGCGCGCGAUCGAGAAGCUGCGUGAAGAGCUCUCCUCCACGGGCGAGGAAGACAAGCCACCCCCGUCCUGA